AUGGCAAACCUUACAUCCAAAGCCGGCGCGAAGCGAAAGCCUGUCGACGAAGACGAUGAUGAUGACGAGUUACUGCAAGAGAUCAUGAGUACAACAAGACCGUCGAAGCGGGAUACUUCUGGCUUGAGAAAACCUCCUGGUGCUUACAAUGGUCCAGCAAAUGUCCCAUCUGCUAACACUUCUCUAGUCCGCCAGUCCAAUACUAGGGCUCCACCAAGGUCGAAUGGAUCAGGCUCCCAGACUGGGAAGCGGGAUCCACCAAAGAGUUCGCCGAUGUCUGCUGGUAGCAAUCCGAAUGGUGUCCAGAAGCCCUCUCACCGAAGACGUAGUAGUGGCCAUCCAGCCAUACCAGCACGGGUGUCUGCAGGCCAAGGUUCUCAUGGCCGAGCAGAUCAUGACCAAAAGGUUCGAAGAACAUUUAGACAAUUGGUUCCAGCUGAUACCAAGCCCAACUCCUCGGUCCUUGAGAAUGAGCGUGCCCAACAGAAUUCCAGAGUGGUCUCAAGUUCCAGGCUGCUGUAUUCUUCUGUCACGUAUCAGGAUAGGGAGCGGCUGCCAGGAAAUCAGCAACCAACCGUCGUGCCACGCAUACCGGGACAUAUGGAUGCGAAUCAGCAACUUGGCCCGAAUUACAGGAGGGGGUUGGACGACAAUAGCAGGGGGUACACUCUGCUGCAGGACAAUCGUAUGGUUGACAUGAAUGCGCUCCCGAUAGGCCAGCCUUCACAUUUGCCAGCGACGUUCCCUCUUCCAGUGACGGUUUACCAGGAUCCAAGGGGCCAGCAAAGAACUACCUUGCAGCCAGGUCAGCUACAAAAUUUCGGUGAAGCCUACUCACCAGGUUUUCAAAUCCAGGAUCCUCGCCUAGCGACCGCAUCACGACCAAGACUGCCUCCAGGCUCGAACGGAAUGGCACAGGCGCCUGCAAUAAGGCGUCGAAACCAAAUGGUGCAAGUUGCUUAUGCUUCUUUUGCUCCCUCACCUCCUGUGCAGCGUAGUAUGCCUCCAGCCCCUAUCAUGGGCGCUCCCCAGCAAAACAUACAAGCUACAUGGCCGGUAGCAACGGCGACCUACCAGCCAGGAGGCUUCAAUAACGUCGCGCAGCCACAACCUACUCUUGGCCAAGCAGGUUUUGGACUGCAGGAAGAUCCAUUUCGUUCGCCAGUGCAGCCGCAAAACCCAUUUGGCUCGCUAGCGCAGAUACAAGACCCAUCGCUGAUGCCAGCGCAAGUCCAAGGCCCAUCGCAGGUGGACAACACAAGCUACCUUGCCAUCUCCAACCGGCAGUACAAUGACGGAGAUUGGCAACAAGCCCAUCGGUGGUCUAUCGCCGGCACCGCAAUGCCUCUACAGAACGAGGCUUUCCAAGCUCCUAUGCCAUCCGGUCAGCAAGACUUUAGUUCCUUCUUGAAUAACCAGGCAUCAGGAUUCGGAGAGAACAUGCCUUUGUUCGGAGGGCCUGCACAGCCUGUACAGCCUGCGCAGCCUCAAGCUAAUGCUGAAGACGAGUUGGCAUUGUGGGUGAAUGGGUUUUCGCCGAAUCCGCAAGCCUCGACGGGCCUUGAAAAUCUAGACUGGCUAGAUCCGAGCGAGCUGGGAUCUGGGAAGAACAGAGCACAAGGCCAGCAAUAUCUAGGAGGAAACGGGAUAUAG